CGAAGCUCCUACGCACGAAUCCCAUUAUAUAAACUUUCCGUCUCGAUCGUACAUUUUGUGUUCCGUUUCUUGCCCUUGCUAUUGCCAUCGAAGAACCAGAAGAAGGAAAACUCAAAGAAUCCAAAGGGCCAUCCCUUCUGGGCUUCUUUGCUUCAAGAAGUGGGUGCCUUUGGAUUUCGGUUUCAGGAAUGAGAGCAAGAGACUGAUAUCAAAGCAGAAACACUUUCUCACGGGAGGAGGGGCUCUCUGGUUUUUCUUUCCUGCAAUCGGUUUUCCAUCGGAUUUUGUUGCUGAUUGGUUUUACAUUUUCCUGGGAAAAUCCUUAGAUCUGAUACUGCUUUCUGGGUCUUCCUUGUAUUGCAUGCAUGGGAGCAGUGGUUGUCUAGCAUGCCAUAGUAAGAACGCACUGAAAACUAAAGUGAACGAGCCACCGAAAGGGUUGUUAAACGAACGUCGGACUGAAAAGAAACCAAGCAUAUCAGAGGAUUUCUGGACCACCAGCACGUGGGAUAUGGACAACAGUGCAGUUCAGUCCCAGGGAAGCAUCUCAUCAAUCAGCACAAACCAGACGCUUGAUCCGCAUGGUGGCUCUGGCAGCAAUAGCACCCCUUCCGAAUUUGUAAAUCAUGGUCUUCUUCUCUGGAACCAGACUAGGCACCGUUGGGUAGGGAAUAAGUCUGAGAGCCCAUCAAAGAAAAUUCGAGAACCCAAAUUAAGUUUGAAUGCGUCGUAUGAAAGUUUACUAGGGAGUUCCAAGCCUUUUCCUCAGCCUAUUCCUCUCCCGGAAAUGGUAGAUUUUCUCGUGGAUAUUUGGGAGCAAGAAGGGCUGUACGAUUGAGCGGCAGAGGUACUAGAGAUUUAAGCAAUAGCAUGGCUUGUGCAUCAUCAACUAUCACAUCAUUUUUUGCUUGCUUGUUCUUGGAUUUUAACUCUUGCGGCAUUUUAGAUGCGCCCUUUGUCUACAUUUUCGUUUUCAAACAGAUUUUAUAGGAUUGGUUUCUUCCACUGAUCUUAGUGGGGGGUUUUGGAAGACGAAGAUUGACCUUUGUCUACACUUUCCUUUCAUUUUCA